UAAGGCGUACGAACUGUUCUCGAAGCAUAUUCAACGAACAUUCGUCCUCAACAAUGGCCGCCAAGAUCGUAACUGUGUUGUGCCUCCAGGCACUCUUCAUUCAGUGUGCAUUCAGCAAUCCGAGCUACAACACUCUACGCCCAGCCAUUGCCAGGCCAGGUGUUGCUACCGUUGGUAGUAGCACCGUGGUCGAAAACACCGUCGCUGUUAGUAACAAUGCAAUUGGCGGUAUAGGCUUGGCCAACAAUGGUCUAAUUGGUACCGGACUCGGUUUGACCAACGCUGGAUUGAUCGGCUCUGGAAUCGGUUUGCCCAACGCUGGAUUGAUCGGCACUGGAGUUGGUUUAGCCAACACUGGAAUUGUAGGCACUGGUUUGGCUGGCGUUGGAUUGGCCAACCCCGCCUUAAUCGGUAACGCCAUACUGCCUGCUCCUGCCACUGGAUUCCUCGACUUUGCCACAAUUACCAAAAGAGACAACCUCCCCAUCUUCAGCUUCUCUCCCCUCGCUCCGACUGGUCUCACUGUUGUGUCGGAGAACAUCAUCGAAGGACCUAUGGCAGUCGCUGGACAGCUGCCGUUCCUGAGCGCUGUAGCGUUCGAAGGUGCUCUGCCGACUGCAGGUGCGGGCGCUGCUGGCUGCGGCUGCGGCAACAACGGUUACAUUGGCAUCAUCAGCGAGAAUUAUGGACCCCUUGCGCCUCCCGCUCUGGGUGGACUCGGCUAUGGUCCGGGAUUAGGCUAUGGUGUUGCACCACUGCUGUAAACAACCGUUACAUAACUUCGCUAAAAUGAACAAAUUCUAUAGUAUGAUUAUGAUAGUUUUCAGUUAUUAUGCAGACGUAUUACAAAAUCAAUCAGUA